UCUACACUUAAAGUCUUGCUUCUCGGGGUAGACAACGGAGAGCCAAAACUUUCAAAGCCGGGGCCCGAGGAGAGCCAGACGAGGUCACCGAAUGUAAAUGUCGCGGGGGUUCGGCCCAGCCCGGCGAAUCGGCUGGGCGGGGUGGGGCCGCCAAGCCGCAAAUCACCAGUUGAGGGCCAGAGAGCGCGGAGCGAGCUCAGAGCAGCGCUUGCCGCCACCGGGCCGGGUGGGAGCCGGGCUGGAACCGCACCACGCAGCCAGCAGUCGCGCCGGCCUCUCGGCGGACACCCGCGGACCAUGAGCCGCCCGCGCUCCCGGAGCAGCUGCGGGGCGGUGCGGGCAGAGCGGCGCUGAGCCGCCCUCCGGGACCCCGAGUGCGGUGCGGGGAGCGUUGAGAAUCAUGGCUGCGGGAAAAUUUGCCAGCCUUCCGAGAAACAUGGUUGUGAAUCACCAGUUCCCCUUGGCCUCGUCCAUGGACCUUCUGAGCAGCAAGUCCCCUCUCGCGGAGCCUCGCACAGAUGCAUAUCAAGACGUGUCUAUACAUGGCACUCUUCCGCGGAAGAAGAAAGGCCCUCCUCCCAUACGAUCCUCUGACAGUGCCAGUCACAUGGGUACCCUUCCCCACUCCAAAUCCCCACGGCAGAGCUCACCUCUGACCCGGGACGUCAUCCAGGAAAACCCACCACAAGACUGGAAAGGGGACACCUUCACCUUCAGGGAUCCACAUCUUCUGGACCCGACUCUGGAAUAUGUGAAGUUCUCCAAGGAAAGGCACAUCAUGGACAGGACCCCCGAGAGGCUGAAAAAGGAACUCGAAGAGGAGCUGCUGCUGAGCAGCGAGGACCUGCGCAGCCACGCCUGGUACCAUGGCCGCAUCCCGCGACAGUGUGUGUGUGUGGAGUGUGCCUCACCACACAUGUGGAGAUCCGAAGACAGCUUGUGGGAAUUCUCUCUCCUUUCCCAUCAUGUAUCUGAAAACCUGGUGCAGCGAGAUGGUGACUUCCUGGUUCGCGACUCCCUGUCUAGCCCGGGAAACUUUGUUCUGACCUGUCAGUGGAAGAACCUCGCUCAGCACUUUAAGAUCAACCGGACUGUUCUGAGGCUCAGCGAGGCCUACAGCCGCGUGCAGUACCAGUUUGAGAUGGAGAGCUUUGACUCCAUCCCUGGGCUGGUGCGCUGCUACGUGGGCAACCGGCGGCCCAUCUCCCAGCAGAGCGGUGCCAUCAUCUUCCAGCCCAUCAACAGGACAGUGCCCCUCUGGUGUCUGGAGGAGCGUUACGGUACCUCACCAGGCUGCAGCCGGGAGGGCAGCUUUACUGACGGAAGGCCAGAUGUGGCUAAGAGACUGAGCCUCACCACCACUGGUAGCAUCCAGGCUCGGGAAAGCUUGCCCCGGGGAAACCUGCUCAGGAAUAAAGAGAAGAGUGGCAGCCAGCCCGCCUGCCUGGAUCACGUGCAGGACAGGAGGGCCUUAGCCCUCAAAGCCCACCAGUCGGAGAGCCACCUGCCCAUAGGCUGCAAGCUGCCCCCUCAGUCUCCAGGUAUGGACACAAGCCCUUGCCCCAGCUCUCCUGUGUUCAGGACUGGCAGCGAGCCCACCCUGAGCCCGGCACUGGUCCGACGAUUCUCUUCCGACACUAGGGGAGGAGGGGAGGCCCUGCGGGGAUCAGACAGUCAGCUGUGCCCCAAGCCACCCCCAAAGCCCUGCAAGGUGCCCUUCCUCAAGGUUCCCCCAUCUCCGCCUGCCUGGCUCAACUCUGAGGCCAACUAUUGUGAACUGAACCCCGCUUUUGCUGUGGGCUGUGACAGGGGAGCCAAGCUUGCCCCACAAGAGGAGCUGCUGACAGCCAAACACAAUGGGGCGUCAGGCCCCCGGAACUCUGGCAUCAACUACUUGAUCCUUGAUGGGGAUGACCAAGCGAGACCUUGGGAUCCUCUGGCGGCACAGACGGACGAGGGUCAGGAGGACAAGACGACGUUUGUGCCACCUCUCAUGGAAACUGUGUCGUCAUUCAGACCAAAUGACUUUGAGUCUAAGCUCCUUCCUCCGGAGAACAAGCCCCUGGAAACCGCCAUGCUGAAGCGUGCAAAAGAAGUGUUCACCAACAACGACGCCAGGGUCAUCGCACAGCACAUGCUGAGUGUGGACUGCAAGGUUGCUAGGAUACUGGAAGUCUCUGAAGACAUGAAGAGGAGCAUGGGUGUGAGCUCAGGACUGGAACUCAUUACCUUGCCUCACGGACGCCAGCUGCGCCUGGACAUUAUCGAGAGACACAACACCAUGGCCAUCGGCAUCGCUGUGGACAUUCUGGGCUGCACGGGUACUUUGGAGAACAGAGCAGGUACCCUCAAUAAGAUCAUCCAGGUGGCGGUGGAGCUGAAAGACACCAUGGGAGACCUCUAUUCUUUCUCAGCCAUCAUGAAAGCCCUAGAGAUGCCUCAGAUCACACGGUUAGAAAAGACAUGGACCGCUCUGCGGCACCACUACACCCAAACAGCCAUCCUCUAUGAGAAGCAGCUGAAGCCCUUCGGCAAAGUCCUGCAGGAAGGCAAAGAGUCCACACAUGUCCCGCCAGGCAGUGUGUCAGUCCCACUGCUGAUGCCUCUUGUGACCUUAAUGGAACGGCAGACUGUCACUUUCGAAGGAACUGACAUGUGGGAGAAAAACGACGAGAGCUGUGAAAUUAUGCUGAACCACUUGGCGACAGCCAGAUUCAUGGCCGAGGCUUCCGAGAGCUACAGGAGGAAUGCUGAGAGGAUCCUGGCAGAUUUUCAACCGGAUGAAGAAAUGACUGAGAUCUUGAAGACUGAAUUUCAGAUGCGAUUGCUGUGGGGCAGCAAGGGUGCCGAAGUCAACCAGACGGAGAGAUACGAGAAGUUCAACCAGAUUUUAACAGCCCUCUCACGGAAACUGGAACCUCCUUCUGUAAAGCAGGCUGAGCUCUGAGAACCACUCAGGAGACCUUGGGGCAUUACUGAAGCUUUCCCAGACCUGCUGGGAAUGCUUAUCAUCUUAUAAAGUAAUAAUGUGCAAAUCUAAGAAGAUACAAGCUUUUAAUAUCCACAGGAUAUUAAAUGUAUAAACUGCACAGAGCAUACUUAUUUAUAUGAAUUGUUUAAAAUUACUACUGAUUUUUAAAUGAAUGGUAAUUUAUUAUUGAGAUAACUAUUGCUAAUGUUGAUCAGCAAAUUCAAGAAGACAUAGCUAUGUUGCUGGUUGUUUAAUAAUCAUGGUAUUUGACCAUCUUAGUUUUAAUUCCAUGUCAUAUAAAUGUAAAUAGAGGCAUUUAAAAGAAAAGCACGAAGCAUUGCAGAAGGUAUCAGUUAUAUGAUAUUCUUUUGAAUAUGAAACUGUAAAUAGUCAUGAGUAGAAAUAUAUGUUUUUGUCAAA